ACUCUAAAAAUAACAACAGAGAAUAAAUAGAAAAAGCGAACUCUGCAAACCCUUCAAAUUAUAACCGUAGUUUUUCCGAUAUCAAUCAAUCAAAGGGGGGAGAAAGAGAGAGAAGAUGGCGUCGUCGUCGAGCAGCGGGCUUACCUUCAAGCUCCACCCUCUCGUCAUUGUCAACAUCUCCGAUCACUUCACUCGAGUGAAGUCCCAGUCUCAUCCGCGUCGUGUAGUCGGUUGCGUCAUCGGCGUCCAGCGCGGCCGCACCGUUGAGAUCUUCAACAGUUUUGAGCUUCUCUACGACGACUCCACCCACUCGCUCGACCGCGCAUUUCUCGAGAAAAAGCAAGAGCUAUAUAAGAAGGUUUUUCCGCAAUUCUAUAUUCUUGGAUGGUAUUCGACGGGGAGUGAUGCUCAAGAAUCUGAUAUGAUUAUCCACAAAUCUUUAAUGAAUAUCAAUGAGAGUCCAGUUUAUGUUCUUCUCAAUCCUUCAAUCAAUCCUGCACAGAAGGAUCUGCCUGUUACUAUCUAUGAAAGUGAGCUGCACGUUAUUGAUGGCAACCCCCAGCUUAUUUUUGUUCAAUCAAGCUACACCAUUGAGACAGUUGAAGCUGAAAGGAUAUCAGUUGAUCAUGUUGCCCACCUUAAACCAUCUGACGGGGGUUCUGCUGCAACUCAGUUGGCUGCUCAUCUUACUGGUAUACACAGUGCCAUCAAAAUGCUAAAUAGUAGAAUCAGAGUGCUUCAUCACUAUCUUCUUGCCAUGCAAAAGGGUGAUAUUCCCUGUGAGAAUUCAUUGUUGAGGCAAGUUUCCAGUCUCUUGAGAAGAUUGCCAGCUAUUGAAUCUGAAAAAUUUCAAGAUGAUUUCUUGAUGGAAUAUAAUGACACAUUAUUGAUCACAUAUCUUGCCAUGUUUACCAAUUGCUCAAGUACAACGAAUGAAUUGGUCGACAAAUUCAACACUGCUUAUGAGAGGCAUACCCGAAGGGGUGGUCGAACUGCAUUUCUCUAAAUAUUUAUUAUUUUUUGUCACCCUUGUUAUUAAUUUGACCUCUGAAGAAGGCAGACUAUACAUAUCUAGCAAUCAUAUCGCAAUCAAAAAUGGACCCCUGGGUGAUGAACGAUUGAAUAGUUUCUCCAUGUUCCUGCGAUUUGUGUUCUGACAUCCAUGUAGUUUGCCAUUUUCAUUUUUGUUUAUACUCAAAUCAGGUAGUGAAUUGGUAUUGAAUCUAUGAAUUCACCUCGUUAUAUACAGUCAA